AUGGAACAAAAGCAUUCAAAGCCCUCGUCGCGUAUCAUUCGACCUCGACGUUACAAACCCUCCAGGUCACUCCUGACUCUAUCCCUGCUCGUCCUGACUAUCUUCUUCCUCUUCUCCACUGUCGCCGCAACCCCACAACAACAACCCCCCGCGCCACAACCAGCUAACGGCAGCAACGGCAGUACUCCUACUGACAACUCAGCAGGACAAUCGGGAGGAGGAGACGCCGCAAGGACCGAUGCCAACGCCAAACCAACCAUAACAUCUUCCUCUUCCUCCAAUGGCGGCGGUAGUAACAAUAACGGCGGUGCCGCCACCAUAUCUGCGGCCCCUCCUCAGCCAACAGUCAUCACAACCGUCAGCGUCAUCAACGGCACAACAACCACCAUGACCAUCACUGUCACCUCCUCCGCUCCAGGAGGAGGAAGCGGCGGCGGCGGUGCACCCGCAACGACCUUACCAAAGGCCCCACAAUCGAUCAUUAUUAUCCAGGACACGACUUAUGGAAAGGUCUUGCCAGCAGCUGCACCGGUGGACGACGUGAUCGACAGUCAUUUCUGGGAUCAAUAUGUGCAUCCCGACGGACCGGUCAAAUCUUCGGCUAAUACGGCCUUCUUCUCGGUUAGACAGGUCUUCUCCUUGUUUCCAAUCCAUUCUGUUCUCUGGACCGCCGUCUGUGUUACGUUCGUCGUUGGACUCUUCAAUGCCUAG